AUGGCGAAACCAUUUCAAGGUUCGAUAUCGGUUUCGCGACGAAAGCAUUUCAGAGCAUGGCAAUACCUUAUUGGUCUCUGUUCCAUCGCACUGGUAACAUCCUUCCCCGUCGCUACGAUAGCCAGUCACAUCACGCCCGCGGGUAUGGCGUAUGCUCAAAGCGCGACGUCGGAAGACGUUUCUCUCGAAAUAGUCGACCCCGCCGUAAACGGGCUUGCAAAUAGCGAGCAGUUUGACUCUCCCAGCAAGCCCUCGACUACUAAUGACGUGAGAGGCAGCGGUGAAAGUGGCGGAAGCACAACGGAAGAAGGAGCGGGGACUGGCAGUGGCAGCAGGAGCAGAGACGACGGCAUGUGGGACUGGAGUUUCAGCGAUCCAAGCACGUCCGAAGGAGAUAUCGGUGGAAAAAGCGGCGCGAACGAUGGUGGCAAUAACAACGCGACCGAUGGUCAAGGCCCGUCGGAUACCCAAGAAGUGCCUAGUGGGCAAGGAGGCUCAGGCGGUGAUGGCGGCGGCGAUGGCGGCGGCGACGGCGGCGGCAAUGGAGGCGGUAACGACGGGCUAACCACGCAGAAAGAGCCAUUUGUGGAUGAUUCACCCGCCAAUCUCAGCCCGAACGCUGACUCUGGAGGUACAACCGAUGACCCGCCUGCGACGCAACAGCAACCCGCGGACGGGCAAAAGCCGCAACAAGAGCCCGCGGACGAUGAUCCUCCGCCCGCGCCUUCCGCGCAUUCCGCGCCUUCUGAAUCUUCCGAACCUUCCGAACCUUCACCGCCAGAGUCAAACCCCGAGUACGGCAGCAGCGGCGGCGGCGGCUACGGCGAGCAGGGGGGAGGCUAUGCGCGCAAGCCUAGCACAUCUGCUCCCGGUUAUCCUCCGCCGUCCUCGGGGGAGGGGGAUGAUGAUGAUGACGACGAGGAGGGUUGUGAGUGCGAAGAGGUGGUGAUGGGGAACGCGUGCCCGCCGUCGACUCUUCCUGGUUAUAAUUACUCUGCGCAGCUCUACGACUCUAAGAUCAUUCUGCAUUGGAUCGUGGAGAACUGCACCGUACACAUGGCGCUCGAAGCCACGCAAGACAGCUAUGCGGGGUCCGGCUGGCUCGGUAUAGGCUGGUCCGAUCACGGCCAGAUGGCUCCUGCGGACGCGGUUAUUGGUAACACGCCGGGUGUAGCUGCGUACGAAAUGACUGGUUACCGGCGAACGCAGGUGUUCCCAACCAUGAACUUUUCGCUCGGGUUUGACAAGACUGUUGAAGCAGCGCCGGAUUGCUCCACUAUCGUCAAGUUUUCUCGGGAGAAUGGCACGGGGGCACAGUCAAUAUUCCACAUCGAGGGGAAGAGCUGGGUCAUAUGGGCGCACUCGCGCAACGCCAUGACCACACUCUCAUACCACGGCGCCGCCAUGGGCAUCGCUAUUGUGGACUACUCGUGCAACUACCCACCGCAGAUCAUCCGAGCGCCGCAGAGCAGAACGCCCAGGCCUUGCAGCAUGAACUCCUCUCUCCCCCGAAUCGUCGCACAGACCCCCGUCUGCGAACCGUCGUCGCUCAAGGGUUACGACUUUCAGACGACGUUGAAAAAUAGGGGGUUCCUGUUCCACUGGAAACAGCCGGGCCCGGGGGGAAUAUCGAUGAUGGCUCUCGAGGCGCGCGCUGGCUGGGGCGUCGCGAAGGGGUGGUUCUCCGUGGGAUGGUCGCGCGACGGGGAGAUGUUCCCCGCGGACGCGAUUGUGGGUAAUUUACCCCACGGAAACGCGCAGAUGUACAGCAUGCGCGGGGAGGACGCGGCUCUCGUGGUGCCGAACGCGUCCAUCGCGCUGGGCACGAAUUGGGGGAUGGUCACUCUGCAGGACGGCACGAAGAUCAUCAAGUUUGCGCGGCGCGGGAGCGACGGGCUGUGUCCGGUGAACAUGGACGGCCCCAACACGCUCAUCUGGGCGUACUCCGCGGAUGGGACGACCGAGUUUGCAUUCCACGGGGAGAACGUCGGAACGGCAACAGCGGACAUGUCCUGCAGGCGCGCGGAGGCGGAAGACCCGGCGGGCGGAGCUGUGCCCCCGCCAACCCCCGAAGCCGCCCCAAUCCCCCCCCAGGCCUCCCCAGUCACCCCCGUGGCUCCGCUUCCGCCCAAGCUGUCCCCCGGCGCGGGCAUGGACGGAAGUGUCAAGAAAGAGUCGUCUACGGGGGGGUUGCCUGCGGCCGGCACUCCUAAACCCACUACUCCCGCGGUCGGCACUCCCGGGGUCGGCACUCCCGGGGUCGGCACUCCCGGGGUCGGGAAUACCGUGGGCGGCACACCCGGGGUCGGCACUCCCGCGGUCGGCACUCCCGUGGGCGGUGCUCCCGUGGGCGGCACACCCGGGGUCGGCACUCCUGGGGUCGGCACACCCGGGGUCGGCACUCCCACGGUCGGCACUCCCACGGUCGGCACUCCCGGGGGCGGUGCUGCCGGGGGCGGUGCUACUGAGGGCCGCAAACCCCAAGGUUGUCGCGAGUCGCCGAAGGCGGGUUACAAGUUCUUCGAUGUGGAGGCGCGGCCACUCACUCUCCACCUUUCCUUCCCCCUCGUUCCCCUCUUUCUCCCCUUCCUCCCCACCUUCCUCCCUCCUUCCGCCCGCUCUCCCCCCAGCCUCCUCCUGCACUGGAACCCGCCCAAGCUAUCCGGAAAAAUGCGGAUGGCUGUGAAGGCGAAACCACUCAUUCCCCUCUGCGCGCUUCUUCCCUCUUCCCGCCACGCCCCCCUUUCCUCCCUCCCCCAGCCUCCUCCUGCACUGGAAACCCCCAAGCCGUCCGGAAACGGUCGGAUGGCGGUGGAGGCGUGGCCAUUCACUCUCCACCCCUUCCUCCCCACCUUCCCCCCGUCCUUCCGCCCGCUCUUUCCCCAGCCUCCUCCUGCACUGGAACCCCCCCAAGGCGUCCGGAAACGUGCAAAUGGCUGUGGGGGCGAAACCACUCACUCCCCUCUCCGCACUUCUUCCGUCUUUUCCCACGCCCCCCCUCCCCCCAGCCUUCUUUUGCACUGGAACCCGCCUAAGCCGUCCGGAAACGUGCAAAUGGCGGUGGAGGCGUGGCCGGGGCCGGCUAGCGCGGGGUGGUUCGCCGUGGGGUGGUCCGCGCUCAUUCCUAUUCCCCCCCUUCUCCCCAGCCUCCUCCUGCACUGGAACCCGCCCAAGGCGUCCGGAAGGGUGCAGAUGGCUGUCGAGGCGUGGCCGGGACCGGCAAGCGCGGGGUGGUUCGCAGUGGGGUGGUCCGCGACGGGCGGAAUGGCGCACGCGGACGCGGUCGUGGGGAACCUGGUGGGGGGGAUGGUGCGCGGAUACGCGCUCACGGGGCACUCCGCGGAUGCUGUGGUGGCGAGUUACGUGAUGAAGCUGGGGCAGAACAAGGCGCUGAGUCAAACCGCCGAGGGCAGCAUGCUGUUCGAAUUCACUCGCAACGCUACGGACGGCACGGUGCCUCUGAACCUGAGCGGCAAGAACAAGCUCAUCUGGGCCUUCUCCAAUGACGGCGCCCACAAGCUGGGCUACCACGGUCCCAACAAGGGCACCGCUAUCAUGGACCUAUCGUGCGGCAGUGACGUUGUUCCCCCGCCCUCAGCUGAUGCUCCGGCCGACCCUCUCGUGCCUCCUCUUACCAAGCCAGUUCCCAAGCCAGUCACCAAGCCCAUUAUCAAGCCUCCCGUUGCCAAGCCUGUUACCAAACCUGUUACUAAGCCUGUUACCAAACCGGUUACCAAGCCGAUUAUCAAGCCACCUGUUGCCAAGCCUGUUAUCAAGCCUCCGAUUGCCAAACCUCCCCUCCCCAAAACUAACAUCACCAAGCCACCAGUUACCAAGCCUGUUACCAAACCUCCUAUUGCCAAGCCAGUCACCAAACCUCCUGUAACCAAGCCUGUUACCAAGCCUCCUGUGACCAAGCCAGUUACCAAGCCUCCAGUGGUCCCCGCCCCAGCAGGUUCGGCAGGAGGUUCGGCCUGCCAAGCCUCUACCCUUCCUGGAUUCUCAUUCGUGGCACCUUUGGUGCGGAACAAACUCGCGCUGCAUUGGGUGGUCGCGUCCCCCACGUUCGUGCGUUUUGCCCUGGAGGCCAGGCCAGGGAGUGGCGCGGAGAAGGGGUGGCUGGCCGUGGGGUGGAGCGAGAAGGGCAAAAUGUUCCCCUCCGAUGCCAUUAUCGGGAACACUGCAGGAGGUGCCAUUAGUGCUUACACCAUCACAGGCCGCUCCCUCGCUACAAUCUCAGCCACAUCCGCCUUCGCCAUCGGCGCCCCCAGUAUAGUCACACUCGCACCAUCGGCCAAUGGCGUGCCGGCAGGUGGCGGCAUUGGAGUGGCCGAGGCUCCAGUGGCCAAUGGGAGCACGAUUCUCCGGUUUGCACGGACCACUAUUGAUGGGCUUGCGCCUGUAACGCUGUCGGGUGGUAACCGCAUCAUCUGGGCCUUCUCGGCCGAUGAGACACAGACUCUUGCAGGCCACGGGCCUCUCAACAGGGGUUCUGCUCUGGUCAACUUGAACUGCGGUCCGGCCAACACCCACGGCUCCGCCCCUCUCCCGCCUGCUCUGGACGCCCCAGCCUCGUCUGCAGCACCGUCAGCGCCAGCAGUGACAGUGCCACCGUCAGUUCCAGCACAACCGUCAAAGCCGGCAGUAGCGCCACCAUCAGCACCAGCGCCGGCAGCAGCAAAACCAGGAAAACCAGCGAAACCGGCAACAGCAUCAGCAGCAGCAGUGACAGCUGCGGAAGCAGCAAUGCUGGGAUGCUCGCCCUCUCCCCUGGCGAAUUACACUUGCUCUAUGAAGCUCAGCGGCGACAACUUCAUCCUGCACUGGAAGAAGCUGAGUGCCUCAUCAGUCGCAAUAGCAGCGGAGGCAGCCACUACGGGAUUCCUGUCGCUGGGCUGGUCGCGGGGGGGACGCAUGGCCCCUUCCGAUGCAGCCAUUGGAAACCUGCCGUUCGGUGCCAUUGCCAACGGAGCGGCAGUGGGCGCGUUUUACAUUGGCGGGUAUGAGGAGGACGCGGUGGUGCCUUCGAGUGACUUCACGCUGACGAACACCGCGGUGGAGAAAAGCAACGGCAGAACCAUUAUGAGGUUUGAGCGCUCCACAACGGACGGCACGGCGCCAAUCAACGCGGAGGGCAGCACCACUGUCAUCUGGUCCUACUCCGAUCAGCCGUCCCUCAGCUUCCACGGCCCCAACUGUGGUUCUGCCUCUGUCAAUUUCAUCAACACCACAGCAGCCCCUGUCACCACCACCAGCAACAACAGCAGCAAGAAAUCAGUGCUGCUGGCCCAUGGCAUCAUGCUCGCACUCGCCUACGCGCUGCUCAUGCCUCUCGGGGUGCUCCUCGCUCGCCUCUUCCUCUACGACCGCCCCACUCUGCCCUCGGAUGAAGACAAGGAGACGCGCACCAACAGGGGGCUCUGGUUCCUCUGCCACAAGUACAUUCAAAUCGUUGCUGUUCUGCUGGUGCUGGUAGCGGCCAUCAUGGUGUUUGUGGUCUCGGGUUCCCAGGGCCUCGAGUGGACGCAUGGCAAGCUGGGAGUGGUGGCUUUGGCGCUCACCUUGGUGCAGCCCUUCCUGGGCUUCUUCCGCCCUGACAAGGGCACGUCCAACCGCCCCGCGUGGCUCACGUUCCACUGGGCGAUGGGCAUCGCGGCCAUUGCCAUGGGAUGCGCCAAUGUGUUCCUCGGGAUUGACGUGUACGGGCAGCUCUACGGCGGCAACCAGGAUUGGUGGUACCUUGUCACUGCCGUCGUGGCUGGCAUUUUGGGUCUUGCUUAUUUUGGCUUCAUGAUCCGAGACACGGCACUGCAGUUCUCGGCCACUGCGUUCAAAUCUCAAGUGGUUACAUCCGUGAGCAGGCAGCGACUGAUCGGGUAA